AUGGAUUUCCUGAGUCGUCUGGCCGGAUGGCUUGAUCGCCCAGGCUUCNCCUGGAAGUCUCUCAUCAUCUCUUUCAGCUUGGGUGAGUAUCUUCUCGAGAACUGGCUCGCAUUCCGUCAGUAUCGCGUGCUGCAAGGGACCAAGGUGCCCAAGCAGUUGCAAAACGAAGUCGACCAGGCCACUUUUGACAAGAGUCAGGCCUACGGUCGCGCAAAAGCCAAGUUCGGCUUCGUCUCUGGUGUCAUCUCUCAGCUCAAGUCUCUCGCCGUCAUCCGCUACGAUUUCUAUCCCAGAUUCUGGGCUCUCACUGGUCUUGCCCUUACUCGCUACCUUCCUGCUAGCUGUCAAGGAGAAAUCGCCCACUCGCUGCUCUUCGUCUUCGCCUCGUCCUUCAUCGAGACUCUCCUUAGUCUGCCACUCUCAUACUACCACCACUUCGUCCUCGAGGAGAAGUUCGGUUUCAACAAGCAGACCAUCGGCCUGUGGGUCUCCGACUUGCUCAAGGGACAGGCUCUCUCUGUAACGUUUGGUGUACCGCUCGGCUGGGCUUUCUUGAAGAUCAUUCAAAAGACUGGUGACAAGUUCUUCUACUACCUUUGGUUGUUCGCUCUUGGUGUUCAGCUCUUCGCCAUCACCAUCUACCCCAUCGUCAUCGUUCCUCUCUUCAACAAGCUUACCCCUCUCGAGCCCGGCCCGCUCAAGGUUGCCGUCGAAGCUCUUGCUCAACGCCUCAACUUCCCUCUCUCCGAGUUGCAAGUCAUCGAUGGCAGCAAGCGCAGCGCUCACAGCAAUGCUUACUUCACCGGUCUGCCCUGGAAGAAGAAGAUCGUCAUUUACGACACGCUGAUUGAGAAGUCUGACACUAAGGAGAUUGAAGCCGUUCUUGCUCACGAGCUGGGUCACUGGAAGAUGGGACACACGACCAAGUUGCUUCUCAUCUCGCAAGUCCACCUAUUCUACAUGUUCGCUCUCUUCUCCGUCUUUAUCAACAACCAGUCGCUGUACAACGCCUUUGGCUUCACCCGCGAGAGACCGAUCAUGAUUGGUUUCAUCCUGUUCAACGAGGUCCUGGCACCCACGGAUUCUGUCAUUAAGCUUCUCAUGAACAUCAUGACUAGAAGAAUGGAGUUCGAAGCCGACAACUUCUCGCUCAAGCUCGGUUACUCGGCUGAGCUGGCCAGCUCCCUGAUCAAGCUCCAGAUCCAGAACCUCUCGAGCAUGGAUGCCGACUGGAUGUACUCUAGCUUCCACUACUCACACCCCAUCCUCACGGAACGCCUGAAAGCUGUUGGCUGGACCAGCGAAAAGAAAGUAUCCCAGGAAAAGGAGGAGAUUUUGGAGGAAAAGACGGGCGAGGCCACGGGUCGUGAGCUGUAG